UCAACUUAUUAUUAGGAUUACCGAAUGACAGUUUAACGUCAAAAGAGACAGUUGAACAGCUCGUAAAGUUUGAAAAACUUUCAAUAUUUUUUCGUGCCUCCCGAUUUGGCUUCAAUCAAAAUGAGUCUCAUCAAUCAACCAAAACUGACUAUUUCAGUCUGAUUGUUCGAGCAAUCGGUCAAAUCAACUUGAUUCGUUUGGUUUGUUUAACAAUUAUAGACGAUGAGGAUUACCAAUUGUAUUUAGGUGACGUUGCAUACAAGACAAAACAUCGCUCAAUGGUAAACGUUUUAUUUGCUAUCUGCUUCUUAAUUGGAGUUGUCAACAGCGAAUUGAUUUUUUUAUAUGAUAAAAGUGGUAAAUACAGCGUUUUGACCAUUUACUCGGAAAUAAUCAAAAAUGGAUUUGAUCCGGUUCACUUACAAAUGACAUCAAACCAAGCAAUCAAAUUUCAUCGUACAAUCCAUAUACUGAUCAAUCAACUUAACCGUAAUUUCAUAUUUUGUUGUCUCUUCAUUGGACCUGGCUACUACUCCAUACUCCUCUUGAAUCUAAACUUUUAUAAGGUUAAAGAGUUUCAAUUUUACAGUUUGGCCUGGAGUCUAGUCGCAAUUAUUACAACAAUUAUCGUCAUUGGAAAAUAUUUUGCUAUUUUUGGUUAUCUUAUUUCAAUCCAAGUAUAUCAUCUUUUUAGGUUGAAAUCUAUAGUUGAAUUAGCUAAUUCAUACCGUAGCUCAGAGUGUACCGAUGAACAUGUUUCAACCUUAACUAAGCACACAUUUGUAUGCUUAAAUGACUCGGAAAAAUGCGCUAAGCUUACUCGUAAUAUUGUCCUUUGUGUGUUCACUGUCAUUGCCUUUGUUUGUGAUCUGUUCAUAUUUUAUGGUUUCAUCAUUCGUUUUCAUUCACCGCUGUUCGCUAAUUCAGUUGGUUCAAUUGGUUGCAUUGGUUUCAUCAUUAUUGGCUUCCUUUCAUUCAUUGCACGAGAAUUCAUAAUUAAAAUAGACCGUUUAUAUUCACAUCUCAGAGCAAUUUGUCGAUACAAUGUUUUCAAUGUUUACAGUCAAUUUAAGCUUUUACAAUUGAUGGAACGAAUAUUCGAACCUAAUAAUGGCAUUCAAUUUGGUUCGAUAACAAGAAUUGGAAAGGAUUUCUUCGUUACAUUUAUGGUGGAAAUUGGCUCAUCUUUAAUAUUGUUCACUUUGAACUUCAAGCGAUACUUCUGAAUAUUCAAAAUAAUUAAUCAAAAUUAUGGUUUAAUUUACUUAGACACGAUCUCCUAGCUAAUUAACCCUUGAAUAGUAAAAAUCCAAGCCAAUUUUAAGAUAAAAUCUAAUGUGAAUCGACUCCGCACUUUUUAAGAUCUUUUAAAAUCAUAAUUAUUCUUGUAACGCAUCAAUAAUCAAUGAUUCACAAUA